UCUCGAAAGUGAUAUAAUGGACACUACAUUGCCAUCGAGUGAUUCGGCGUCAGCUGUUGUCCAAUCGGUUCAAUUGGAGGUCUGUCCGGGCGGUCAGUCGGUGUCAGUUCACCGACCAUUUGAUCCCUUAGACUAUGACUUGGAGGCGAGUUUCCGAUUGACGCGUCGGCUCUUAGAGGGACUCAAGUCGGUCAACGCCAGUCAUGACGGACUUGCCUCCAGUCACGACUCCCAUCACAUCCAUAAUCACAUCAACCAUUCAUCCAAUGAAUCACAUCAACAAUACUUUCAUCAAGAGAUGGGUCUCCCGAAGAUCGGCAUUGGUAUGGAUUGUGCAGUAAUACCGAUACGACACGGAGGACUUGUCCUCAUUCAGACUGUCGAUUAUUUCUACCCAUUGGUUGACGACCCGUAUAUUAUGGGGAAGAUUACGUGCGCUAACGUAUUGAGUGAUUUGUAUGCCAUGGGAGUCACUGAUUGUGAUAAUAUGUUAAUGAUAUUAGGGGUCAGUCAGAAGAUGACUGAAAAAGAGCGCGAUGUUGUCGUUCCCAUCAUUAUGAGGGGAUUCCGGGACACUGCUUUCGAAGCGGGAACACAGAUAACCGGCGGACAAACAGUCAUAAAUCCUUGGCUUACGAUAGGAGGAGUCGCGACCAGUAUUUGUCAGCCGACAGAAUAUAUAAUUCCCGAUAACGCAGUGGUUGGCGAUGUAUUAGUGCUGACAAAGCCGUUGGGAACACAGGUGUCCAGCAUUUCGUACCAAUGGCUCGAACAGUCGGACAAAUGGUCACGAAUUAAAUUAGUGGUCACUGAAGACGAUGUACGCAAAGCAUACCUGAGGGGAAUGGACAGUAUGAGUCGCCUCAAUCGUAUCGCAUCGCGACUAAUGCACAAAUACAACGCUCACGGGGCCACUGAUGUCACGGGGUUUGGCCUCUUAGGUCACGCGCAGAAUUUGGCCAAAGUUCAAAAAAACGAAGUGUCUUUUGCGGCCGCCUAUUGUAAGGACAUAGAGAAACAAGAGGGCUAUCAGGCGUGGAUUAUUGGCAUCGUUGAGAAGGGCAACAGAAGCGCUCGCAUUAUAGACAAACCCCGGGUUAUUGAAGUGCCCGCAAAGGAAAAGGAUGGCGAGCUUUGG